AUGAACUGUGCGCCCAGGUCCUCCCCGACUCAGCGGCCCAGCCUUCCGCGGCCACCUUUGUGGACUUAUGGGAGGGAGUCCGGGGCGCCUCCCUGGAGAGGAAUCGGUGUUUGUCACCUGGUCCUGGUGGUGCUGAGCCUCUGGCCAAAUAGAGCCAUUGCCCCUGGGCCACCUUCUGGCUCCCCUCGAGUCUCUUCAGACCCUCGUGCAGAUCUGGACAGCGCUGUCCUCCUGACCCGAUCCCUUCUGGCAGACACUCGGCAACUAGCCGCACAGAUGAGAGACAAAUUCCCAGCGGACGGAGACCACAAUCUGGACUCCCUGCCUACCUUGGCCAUGAGCGCUGGGACACUGGGAUCCUUGCAGCUUCCAGGUGUGCUGACAAGGCUUCGAGUAGACUUGAUGUCCUACCUCCGGCAUGUACAAUGGCUGCGCAGGGCAGGUGGUCCAUCCCUGAAGAUUCUGGAGCCAGAGCUGGGUGCCCUGCAAGCCCGGCUGGACCGGCUACUUCGUCGUCUACAGCUCUUGACAUCUCGCUUGGCUUUGCCCCAGGCAACCCCAGACCAACCCACGGUCCCCUUGGGCCCUCCUGCUUCAGCCUGGGGAAGCAUCCGGGCGGCUCAUGCCAUCUUAGGAGGCUUGCACCUGACCUUGGACUGGGCUGUACGAGGCCUGCUGUUGCUGAAGACUCGGCUGUGACUCAAGACUGAAAGCCACCACCGAUAUCAUCUUUUAAAGCCACAUUUUUAUUUAUUUAUUUAUUUUGUUACUUGGGGGGGGGACUGAUCAUCAGGGGCAUGCCACACCCCACACAAGCCGACACCCAGCUAGAUACAUUUCCAGGAGACCUGGGUGAAGAGGGGGGGA